CCCCAGCUGCCCACGCCAUGAAAGAGGAGGCCUUUCUCCGGCGCCGCUUCUCAAUCUGCCCCCCGUGUUCUACCCCUCAGAAAGUCGACCCCCGCAAGCUCACCCGCAACCUGCUCUUCAGUGGAGAGAGUGAGCUCUGCCCGCUCGGCCCAGGGAAGGACAUGGAGCCCAAUGGUACAGUGGUGCCAAGAGAUGAAGGGCCUACGACUCCAGGCUCCGCCACGAAGGUGCCUCCGGCAGAGUACAGGCUAUGCAACGGGUCUGACAAGGAGUGUGUGUCCCCAACAGCCAAGGUCACCAAGAAGGAGACUCUCAAGGCACAGAAGGAGAACUACCGGCAGGAGAAGAAGCGUGCCACCAAGCAGCUGUUCAGCGCGCUGACUGACCCCAGCGUGGUCAUCAUGGCCGACAGCCUGAAGAUCCGCGGGACCCUGAAGAGCUGGACGAAGCUGUGGUGUGUACUGAAGCCCGGGGUGCUGCUCAUCUACAAGACGCCGUCAGUGGGCCAGUGGGUGGGCACCGUGCUGCUGCACUGCUGCCAGCUACUCGAGCGCCCCUCCAAGAAGGACGGCUUCUGCUUCAAGCUCUUCCACCCGCUGGACCAGUCCCUGUGGGCCGUGAAGGGCCCCAAAGGUGAGAGCGUGGGCUCCAUCACGCAGCCCCUCCCCAGCAGCUACCUGAUCUUCAGGGCUGCCUCCGAGUCAGACGGCCGCUGCUGGCUGGAUGCCCUGGAGCUGGCCGUGUGCUGCUCCAGCCUGCUGCGACUCAGCACCUGCAAGCAGGGCCGCAGUGGGGAGCCCGAGUCCUCGCCAGACAUGUCACCCUCCUCACUCUACGUCCACAGCGACCAGGACCUGUUCCCACUGAAUGGGUCAUCGCUGGUGAACCAUCUGGAGAACGACGCUUUUUCUGACAAGUCAGAGAAGGAGAACGCCGAGGAAUCAGACAACGAGACCCAGGACCACAGCCGGAAGACCACUGAGAGCGGCAGUGACCAGUCGGAGCCCCGGGGCAGCCCAGUGCGGAGGGGGACCACGUACGUGGAGCAGGCCCUUGAGGAGCUGGGGGAGCUGGGCGAGUCGGCUCAGGUGGAGACGGUGUCGGAGGAGAACAAGAGCCUGAUAUGGGUACUGCUGCGGCAGCUGCGGCCGGGCAUGGACCUGUCCCGUGUGGUGCUGCCCACCUUUGUGCUGGAGCCCCGCUCCUUCCUCAACAAGCUGUCCGACUACUACUACCACGCCGACCUGCUCUCCAGGGCCACGCUGGAGGAGGAUGCCUACAGCCGCAUGAAACACGUGCUGCGCUGGUACCUGUCGGGCUUUUACAAGAAGCCCAAGGGGAUCAAGAAGCCCUACAACCCCAUCCUCGGGGAAGUCUUCCGCUGCCGCUGGUUCCACCCACAGACGGACAGCCACACCUUCUACAUCGCAGAGCAGGUUUCCCACCACCCGCCCGUGUCCGCCUUCCACGUCAGCAACCGGAAGGACGGCUUCUGCAUCAGUGGCAGCAUCACCGCCAAGUCCAAGUUCUACGGGAACUCACUGUCGGCUCUGCUGGACGGCAAAGCCACGCUCACCUUCCUGAACCGAGCUGAAGAUUACACCAUCACCAUGCCCUAUGCCCACUGCAAAGGAAUCUUCUAUGGCACCAUGACCAUGGAACUGGGUGGCAAAGUGACCAUGAAGUGUGAGAAGAACAACCUCCAGGCCGAGCUGGAGUUCAAGCUCAAGCCUUUCUUCGGGGGCAGCACAAGCAUCAACCAAAUCUCGGGGAGGAUCACAGCAGGAGAGGAGGUGCUGGCCAGGCUCUCGGGGCACUGGGACCGAGAAGUCUUCAUCAAGGAGGAGGGGAGCGGGGGUGCCGAGCUCUUCUGGAACCCGUCUGCGGAGGUGCGCGCGCAGAGGCUAAAGCGGCACACGGUGCUGGUGGAGGAGCAGAGGGAGCUGGAGUCUGAGCGGCUCUGGCAGCAUGUCACCAGGGCCAUCUGCGAAGGUGACCAGCACAGGGCCACACAGGAGAAGUUCACCCUGGAGGAGGCGCAGCGGCGGAGGGCCCUUGAGCGCCAGCAGACCCUCACGCCCUGGACGCCGCGGCUGUUCCGCCUGGACCCCGCCACCCAGGAGUGGCACUACCAACAUGAGGACCUCAGCCCCUGGGACCCUGUGAAGGACAUCGUACAGUUCGAGCAAGACGGGAUCCUACAUACCCUGCAGAGGGCAACUGUGGCCCGCCAGACCCCCUUCCUGUGCAGCGCAGGCCCCAGGCACAAGGGCCCUGGCCCUGACCGUAGGCUCCGCAAGGCCAGCGACCAGCCAUCCGGCCACAGCCAGACCACCGAGAGCAGUGGCUCCACGCCUGAGUCCUGCCCUGAGCUCUCAGACGAGGACAGGGACUUCACUCCAGGCUGCGGGAGCCCGUGCCCACGGUGCAGGAAGGAGGCACGGCGGCUACAGACGCUGCACGAGGCAGUGCUGUCGGUCCACGAGGCCCAGCAGGAACUGCGCAGGCACCUCUCAGCCAUGUUGAGCUACACUGUACGGGCCGCACCCCUGCCACCCCCUGGCCUCCUGCAGAACCCCCGCUCCUGGGUGCUGCUCUGUGUGUUCCUGGCCUGUCAGCUGCUCAUCAACUCCGCCCUCAAAUAAGAGCCCCCAGGGGCAGCAACACCUGCAGACCCGGCACCCCAGCCCUCUCCCAGGCACCAGCACUUUAGCCAGCCCUGUGGAAGCCAAGGCCCUGAGCGCAAGCCUAUGGGCAGGACAGCCAGAGGGAUGGAGUCCCCACGAACACUGGGGCCCGGGUGCUGGGCUCCCCCUGGGGAGGGCCGCCUCUCCAGAAGCCUCCGCCACCCAGCCUUAAUACUCAAGCCAGAUCAGGUCUGAUUGUCCCACUCACACCCUGGGUCUGCCUGCCGUUUUCGGUCCAGCCCCCCUCACCAAGCAGGAUGAUGGACGCCUGGAAGGGGAGCCUAGUCAGGGUGGAUGGUCAUCCCCCGCUGUGGUGAGUGCUUGGAGGAGCAGCCCAGAGCAAGCCCGAACUGAGCCUGGAGUCCCCAGUGUUCACAGGGGCACCCACACCCCUCCCUCGUGAAAGGUGGCCCAUGGAGGAGGGGCUGACCUGGAGGCCUCCAGCGGCUCGCGGUCCCAGCUGGACCUGCUGGGAGGCCUUGUUGACUUGAUUCUGCCCCGUGAGUCGGGGUGGGCCCAGCGUGCACCAGCGGAGCCCUCCCCACGCCCCCAGCCUGAGACCACUCCCCUGGUGUGAGUGGGCGUGUGCCAAGGUGAGGGGGGCGCCACCCGGGAGUCACGGUGCUCACCUUGCAGCUCGGCUCAGGCGGGGUACAGUCUUCCUGUUUCACACUUUUGUAAUAAACGUCAUCGUAGCGUUGUGGGCCUCGCGCCUGGCCUCGUCCCUGCGUGUGCGUGGGUGUGUGUGUGCGUGCACGUGUGUGAGCGUCGACACGUAUAUACACAGGUGGAGCGUCAAUCUGCGUGGUGGCGAUGCCCUCGGAGCGACCUGACAGUCACUUCCCAACGUUCCGCCCGUGUUCUUGUCUUCCACCCAUGCGGGAACGUGUUUCUGCUCCAUACGUUGAAAUAAACGGACACACAAGUUGUGUGUUUUCUUCUGGGGGGCUUCUGGAAAAGGUGGGGUCUUCCGGGAGAGACUGAAAACCGCUAAGGGGUCUUUGGGGUUUCAGGUCCCAGGGCUGUGAGGAUGGAGAAGGGUCUGGGGAGGAGCCAAGGGCGGAACAUAGAGGGAAAGAUGGAGAGGGGAGGAGCCAAGGGCGGGGCCUGUGGGGAGAGGGGAGGAGCCGGGGCGGGGCCUCGAGAAGGGGAGGGGAGGAGCCAAGGGCAGGCCUGUGUGGAGAAGGGGUGGGAGGAACUGAGGAUGGGGCCUGUGAGAAGGGGAGGGGAGGAGCCAAGGGUGGGGGCUGUGAGGAGGAGAAGGGGAGGUGCUGAGUUUCUCGCAGAGCUGCGAAGGAGGGGCGUGGGCACCAGGCCCACCUUUUGAAUCACGUGCCAGAGGCUGGGGUCCCGUACCAGCACUUGAACCAGCUGAGGACACCGGAUAGGACCGGCACCAGGACACCCCGGGGAUCCCCAAGACGGCUGUGGGGCAGGGGACUGGCACACUCCAGGCCCACUUCGCUGGUCCCUGUCCAGGAAAG